CCUCUCUCCCCGUUUCGGGAUCCGGCGAGAGACCAGUCCAGAGCCAAGCCCAAGCCCGCACGCCGAUGGCGACCGACGCCGACGAGGCCCCGCUGCUCGCCGACGAGCCCCUGCGGCCGGGAUCCUGCAGCCGGGAGCUCGAGCUGCGGGAGUUCCGCGACCGCUACGUCUUUCGCUCGCUCGACGGCGGCGGCGCCUUCGCCGUCGCCCGCUCCGACGGCUCCCUCCGCCCCCUCUCCGCAGAGGAAGCCGCUGCCGGGAGCGACUGUAAGGUCUCCAAGAUAUACGGAGUGGCCGGUAUGAUCAGGUUGCUCGCCGGAAGCUACGUACUUGUCAUCACUUCUCGCAAGGAUGCUGGCUCUUAUGGGGCUUCCACAGUUUACCAUGCAAAUUCGAUGAAAUUCUUGUGCUGCAACGAGGCUAUAAAGCAUUUAACUUCAGAGGAAAAACGAGAUGAGGCAUACUUCAUGUCUCUCUUGAGAAUUGCAGAAACUACUUGCGGACUUUAUUAUUCAUACGACAGGGAUUUGACAUUAAACUUGCAGAGGGCAUCAAAGCUGGCUGCGGGGAGGGUACAUAAGCCACUAUGGAAGCAGGCUGAUCCACGGUUUGUUUGGAACAGGAAUUUGUUAGAGGAGCUUAUUGAAACUAAGCUUGAUGAGUUCAUUACCCCACUGAUCCAAGGAAGUUUUCAGACAGAGCAAUUUACCUUGAAGGAUAGACUAGUCAGAAUAACUUUAUUCUCUCGGAGAUGCAACAGGCGUUUAGGGACAAGAAUGUGGAGAAGGGGUGCAAAUCUGGAAGGUGCCACCGCCAAUUUUGUCGAGACAGAACAGCUGGUUGAGUAUGAAGGUUUGACGUCCUCAUUUAUACAGGUUCGGGGCUCUAUUCCACUUCUCUGGGAACAGAUAGUGGAUUUAAGCUACAAACCACGACCCAGCAUUAUUGAACAUGAAGAAAUGACGAAGGUUGUUGAACGCCACUUUCACGAUCUUUCACAAAGAUAUGGAGACACAAUGGUUAUUGAUCUGACCGAUAAAGCCGUACAGCAGAGACAGAUGACAGUUUGUCCGACCUUUUUUUUAUUGCAGCAAGGUGAUGAAGGAAAUUUAAGCAAUGCAUUUGCUGCUGAAAUGCAGAACUUUCCUGAUAUCAGGUAUGUGCACUUUGAUUUCCAUCAUAUUUGUCGCGGAGGGAACUUUGAUAACUUGCAAGUUCUCUAUGAUGAAAUUGAGGAAGCUAUUCAGAAACAAGGAUAUUUCCUUAUGAACUCUAAAGGAGAGAUAUUGUUGGACCAAAGUGGCGUCGUUAGGUCCAACUGCAUAGAUUGCCUGGACCGCACAAAUGUGACACAGAGUUUCCUUGCAAGAAAAUCUUUGGACUCACAGCUGCAGCGAAUGGGGGCAUUAUCAUCAGCUGAAAGUAUCUCUCAAUCUGAUAGCAUUAACGAUAAAUUUAAAAAAUUGUGGGUUGAGCAUGGUGAUGAGCUAAGCCUUGAAUAUGCUGGUUCUUAUGCCUUAAAGGGAGACCUUGUAAGGUAUGGAAGGCAGACAUUGCCUGGAUUGAUUAAAGAUGGCAUGAGCGCUCUUUCCCGGUAUUAUUUGAACAAUUUUCAUGAUGGAGUGCGACAAGAUGCUCUAGAUCUUAUCAGUGGUUACUACACGGUCAGCAAAAGCAGUUCUUCUCCUUUUCAAAUCAUUGGAUUUGAAUCUGCACCAUAUCUUCCUGUGGCGUCGGCAAUCAUAGUUGGUGGGAUCACUGUCACAACUUUCACUCUUAGUCAAGUUGGACGGAGCGCACAACACCUCAUCUCAUCCAUCAUCUUCGCUGGCUUGACAGCCGGAGUGGUAGCCUUGGUGAAAGCGAAUGGGAAGCAGCUCUGCUCUAGACCCCGAUUAUGCGGUCUGAUCUAGUUGGCGGCCCCUUUUCUCUUGUCCGGUUCUCAGAGCUUUGUUGUUGGAAUCUGAAUGGAUAUGAAGUGUUGACAGCAAGCUACCUGUCCACUGUCAGCGUAGAUAGAUUAACCAAGGGAGAGGUCAGCUUGCUGGUCCGGUAAAUCUGAAGUAAAUUUUGUAAACACCUGGUUAGAUUGUCUGGUUUCCUGGUAAAUAUAGUGGAUUGUGCAGUCGGAGGCACACCGUCUUGUAGUACUGUAAACUAAGGUUAAAUUGUAACACUGGAUUGGAUUCUGCUGCACAGUUUCUGUAUCUUAAACUUGUGAAAUUGUUUGCACAGAAUUUAAAAUUACUGAAUUCGACAGGCA